GAGUACUGCCAGACUGCCACUGUUGGGCUCUUGAGCAAGGCCUUUAACCCUGUCUGCUCCUGACCAUGCGUUCUGAUCCCGACGAAUUAUGCGAUAUCGUCCAAUCUGGCAACCCCACGCACUGGUCCUCGGUUCUCUUCAACUUGCUCAAACUCACACACGCUCCGUAAUUCUCCCACAUCAGACCCAAAAUGGCCUCCUUGUCCUAUUGCGUGACUUUCGCUCUGGUUUUCUGUUCCUUCUCGAUGGUUCUGGCUCAGUAUGAGAAGUACAACUUCCGAAGCUUUCCGCGUCACGAGCUCAUGCCACUGGACUCGGCGUACAGGUACGCGCUGGACCAGUACACUGCGGAGAAGUGGAAGGAGACUGUGGAGUAUCUGGAGGUGAGCCUCCGCCUGCACCGGCUUCUCCGCGACAGCGAGGCCUUCUGCAACCUGAACUGCAGCUCAGCGCGCCUGGACUCAGAGGAGCGCUUCUCCGACUUCCCCGAGCUGCGCGCUUUCGGGAACGUGAUGAAGCGCGCGCAGUGCCUCAAGCGCUGCAAGCAGGGCCUCCCAGCCUUCCGCCAAACUCUUCCCAGCAGAGAAACCCUGGACGAGUUUGAAAAACGAGAACCUUACCGAUACCUGCAGUUUGCUUACUUUAAGAGCGAUAAACUGGCAAAAGCUGUGUCUGCUGCACACACCUACCUAGUAAAGCAUCCUGAUGAUGAGAUGAUGCAGAGGAACAUGAACUACUACAAGAGUUUACCUGGAGCUGAAGAGCACCUUAAAGACCUAGAGACCAAGUCAUAUGAGAUGCUGUUUAUUCGAGCAGUACGGGCUUAUAACGGUGAUAAUUACCGAACGUCUGUAUCUGAUAUGGAGCUGGCACUCCAAGACUUCUUCAAGGCUUAUGAUGAAUGUAUUGCUGCCUCAGAGAGUUCCAGGGAAAUCAAUGACUUUCAAGAUUUUUACCCCUCCAUUGCAGAUCACUACACUGAGAUUCUUGAGAGGAAGGUCCGUUGUGAGAGCGAUCUGACUCCAGUCGUUGGUGGAUAUGUUGUGGAGAAGUUUGUGGCAACCAUGUAUCACUACCUUCAGUUUGCCUAUUAUAAAUUGAGUGACUUGAAGAAUGCUGUGCCAUGUGUUGCAAGCUACAUGCUCUUUGACCCUGCUGAUGAGGUGAUGAAGAAUAAUGUGGAUUAUUAUCGGUAUCACAAAGAGAAGUUGGGUCUUGCUGAUGAGGACUUCCUACCCAGAACAGAGGCAAUACGAUAUUACAAUCAGACAACACUACAGCUCCAGAUGUUAAACUUUACCAAAGAAAACCUGCGGCAUGAUGAUGAGAGAAACCAAAGCAAAGAGGCUGGUGAGGACACAACUGUUUAUAGCUGUUUUAAUGGAGAAGUUCUGGAGUUUCUAGACGAAUAUCUUGAUGAAGAGGAGUAGUGUGGAAUGAAUAUUUUAUGCACUGAAAAGUAAGGAUAGGAGCAAAACAGUUUCGUAAACAACGAUCUUUUUCCUGCACAUGUUUGUAUUUAUUUCGGGCAAUGACGAUCUUUUGUAUUCUAUAGGUACCAAACACAUGGUCCAUAUAAACAAAUUGAUAAUCAUUUGUUCCAUGAUGUCUGACAGUACAAUCACUGUAUUUCAGAAGGAUGAAUAAAAAUUCUAUUUGUUGUUAUUUUAGAAUAAAUGGAAAAUUUCCCUA